UGUACCCGUAAGGAAGUGAGUACUCAUUCAGUUCGUAAAAGCGACAGGUAGCCCGCAUUAUUCUCUGUCGCAAGAAGGGUUCCAGACAUCUGGGAUGGAUUUGUUUAAUUUGAGGUCGCUUGUCAUUUUGCUGUCAGCUGUUGGAUGCUGCAACGGGCAGAGCGUACUGCCAGCCGGGCCCUUGGAGGGAGUACGGGGAAAGAACGUCACGUUCAAAACCAUUAUCAUCCCCACAGAUGUUGGCAACUUUAUCACAGUAUCUUGGAAUUUCAACGGUGGUAGUGGACUUGUACCUGUUGUCACUUCUGCGCCCAAAGGAGAGACAGUUGGCGCUGGUUACGCAGGAAGAGUAUCACUGAAUUCAUCCACCGGCGUAUUAAAUCUGGCAUUCUUGACGGCAAAGGAUGGCGGAGACUAUGCAGUGACUAUGGUCACUGGUGCUGCAGUACAGCGCACAGGUGCAACGUUGCUCAGAGUUCUAGAACCGGUCUCCACCGUGACCAUCACGUCCAACCUGAACGAAGCGGUCGAGUUCAACAGCACUGUGGUCUUGACCUGUUCGGCCAAAGGCUCCUUCCUCACGUACAAGUGGCUCAACGGCACCACCCCGCUGGUCACCGACGGGAAGCAUGUGACCUUGAGUGCAAACUCCACAGUGCUGACCGUGGCUGGAGUGUUCAGGAAGGAUCUGGUCGGACCCAUCUACUGCACGGCCUUCAACAAUCUAGAGAGUGAUAACAGUGCCCCCUUCAACCUCACUGUCACCUAUGGGCCAGAAAACAUCGCCAUGACAGUCACCCCCGCCGCUGAGGUCCAAAAGAAGGGUUCCAACAUGACAUUGACCUGCUCAGCCCAGUCCAGCCCUGCGGCUGUGCUUCAGUGGAUCCACAAUGGAGUCCCGCUCAAUGUGGUGGGCCCUAAGCUGGUACUGGACAACGUUGCCGUGGCACAGAGUGGAAACUACUCCUGCAUGGCCAGCAACGCCAAAACCUUGCGAUACCUGGAAUCCACAACAGCCAAGUUCACUGUAGUAGAGGCCAUAUCCGGCGCUAAGAUCACAGGCCCCAAUGGAACGCUUGUUGCAGGUAACAGCACGGCCAACCUGAGCUGCCAGGCAACCACCGGCACCGCCGACGCCCGAGUGUGGCUGAAGAAUGGCGUGGCACUGUCUCCUAGCAACAGGGUCAUUGUCUCUGCAGACAAGAGCUCGAUCACGAUCAAGCCAGUGCAGAAGGAGGACAGUGGGGAGUACCAGUGCAAGCUGACCAAUGCUGUGAGCACAGACUCUGCCAGCCUCAAGAUAGUGAUCAGUUUUGGUCCUGAGACUGUGUCCGUGAAGGGGGUAAAUUCCGUAAAAGUGACAGAGCCUGUCAUGCUGAAGUGUGCCGCGGUCUCUCUCCCUGCUGCCACCUACACCUGGAAGUUCAAUGGGACGCUGACCGGCGUGAUGACAGCCGAGUACGGCAUCGAUGCCGCUGCGGCCACGAACAGUGGAAUUUACACCUGUGAAGCCAGCAACGCCGUCACCGGGCUGAGCACCUCCGUUGCCCACAAGCUGUCCGUCAAAGAGGAGGGAACAUUGGAUGAUGGUCUGACUGGUGGGCAGAUCGCUGGGAUCGUCAUCGGCGUGCUUAUCGCCCUGCUGCUCAUCAUCGUAGGAGUCCGCUACAUGAGACGGAAAAAAACACCGAUCGAGUCGCCGUACUAGAAGAGAUCCCCGAGGAAAGCUGGAGCUAUCAGCCCAAAGAAUCAGCCAAUUAUUCCCCUCAAGAUCCAUCGCUGCAGUCUGGAAGACCAAUCAGGUGGAAACCUCCCCCAAGUCGGUCCAGCAAUACAAACGUUUCCUCACAAAGCCCACAUAACCACAGGGGUCACAACAUCCCUCCCUAGGAGCUGGUCAUCUCCUUUGAAAAUGGUGGUGUGUCUGGGACUAUGGGUCCUUGUGCUUGGAUUGGACCGGAAAGCUCCAACGCAUCUAUCCCAUCUAACAUCUGUCUGUAUGGACUUAUAGUCCUUCACACACCUUCCCUCCUCUCCAUCCAGCCCAUUGGCUAAGGUUAACAGCUUCUAACCACUCCCUGGGAUGCUGACCUCCUUCGCAAAACAGAGGAAUGUCAUCGCUUACAUCAAUUUCUCCACAUAUUCCUUAGGAAAUGAAAUGCAUAGACUUGAGCGAUGGUGGUGCCCUGUCCGUAACGAAUGAUCCUUUCAGCUUUGCGAAACUGAAGGAGGAUUUAGUGGGGGCAAUAUAAUGUAGAAGAUUGUAAGGCUGAGUCACUUGGUCACUCCUCACUGAUCACAACAUCAAGGCGAAUGGGCAAAUAUCGUCUGAAACUUUCAAACAACUGACGGACACAGGUUCAUAAAUCUGACGUUACCACCUCUGCUUGAUCCCAAGGGUAGCUUUUAAAAAAAAAAAAAAAAAAAAAAAAAAAAAAUCUGCAAGAAAGAUCUGCAAGAUCUGCUCGUAAGAGCUUCAUGUCAAAACAGCAACGACAAGAUCCAACACGCAGCAAACGUUAGGGGGAGAAAGAAAAGGUAAGAAAGUUUUUGUGGGCAAAGACAUUCUUUGGUUUUGGAGGGAAAAUGUGUGUGAGUCAGGGCUGUGCUAAUGAGUUUCGUUAUUUGUUGUAUCCCACUUUUCAAAUGGAUCCAUCGUUGAAAUUGGAAUAUUGUUUGUAUUAUUUUGGCAUUUGUAGUAUAAUACAAAAAAAAUACAAAAAGUAUGUUUUUAGGACCAUAAAUGAACAACUGCCAUUUUAUGUUAACUGUAACACAACCCAUUUUACCUACUUCUUAGCUUUGUGAAAAAUGACAUCCUUGUUUUUAGUCACUAGUAUUUAUUUUUUUGAAACCUUAGUUGAAUUGAUUGAGCUGACGGUGUGUGUUUUUUUUAUCCAAUAAAUGAUAAUGAGUAGUUUGACAGCACACACAGUUGUGUGUGACGCCCAGUCACACACUUUCAGUUAGAACACACAGUACUGUGGGUUGAGUUCAUUAUCUGUUGAAUGGCAUGGGUUGAAUGGCAUGAACAGCGUUUUUGUCUAGUUGGUUUAAUUCUUGAAGAUGACCAGGGAGAAAUCGACAACUUUACCUGAACAUUUUCUUUUUUACUGUUAAAAGGCAUAGACCAGCUCAAACGACAAAAUUGCACAUCAAUAAACUGCUCCCUUUGUAAAUAUGAUUUACUUCAUGUAAAUGUGAACUGUAAUGAACAUUGUAUUUUUUAGGCUUAACACUCUGUCAUCUAUUUGGGGUUUCUUGUUCAAUCUUAAUUUGAAUAUUUCAAAAUGUCAUACAUUUUCUCAGGUUGUUUACAAUAAUGCGUAUUAUUCUUUAACGACUGAACUGCCUAUAUUCAUGAAUCAUUUUCUCUUUGUAUAGACACACCUCUGAGAUGUUUGUUUUAGUUUAUUUAUUCUUCUGUUGCUACUGCUAUUUGCUUUUGUUACAGUCUGGUUUAUUUUCAAAAUGAGCUUUACUUCCUGUGUCUAGCUAGCCAACCCCAGUCUCUGUAUUCCCCCCUCUCGCUCUGCUCUCGCUCUCGCGCUCUCUCUCUCUCUCUCUCGCUCUCUCUCGCUCUCUCUCUCUCUCUCGCUCCCUCUCUCCUAUUUGUUCCUGGGAUUUGGAAUGACACAACAUAAAGGCGGACCAACGGUUCAUUUUUUAAAUCCUCUUUACUGGUGAGAUAACCAAGAGGAUUUCUGUCUCGCUGCAGUUGGUGUGUGUAUGCAAUGGUGUUCUCCUCUCCUGCCCCACCAGUCUCCCUGUUUCUUCACAGGUAUACCUCAGAAAGAAAGAAAGAAAGAAAUAAUUUAAAGACCUGCUUUAACAACACAGAGACAAGGAAUCCCUGUGGUGGGCAGGUUGUGUGCUCAGGGUGGGAAACCGACACCCCGAGCACAGGGGUGGGUUAAUUAAAGCAUCCAUAUUUUAUCCGAACCACAUUUACAUUUGAACUGGAUUUGAAACCACCCAUUUACAUUUGAACUGGAUUUGAUCCUCUUGUAAACACAUUCAUAUAGGAGUGUGUGAAUUGUAAACACAUUCACACACUCAUAUAAAAAUGAGGUCUACUGUUGAGUGCAGUUAGAAUGGGAAUAUGAAUGUGCAGAUGAACAAACACUACAAGGUGCAGGAGGUGCUUGGUAGUGACCAGGCUAUCAAGUUCAUUUUCCUUGAGUCAACAAUGGCUUUUUUUUUUUACUGUUGGUCUGGUUGGGUGUUAAAACAAUGGGACAAUUGUGUAACACUGUACUUGAAUGUAAAAGAAAACUCAAUAAAAGGUCCGUGUACAAAAAUCCCUUGA